UCAAACUCGGAGAAAUAAAUCAUAUAGUCAUCACAUCCGCAGAGUUUGCCAGCAAGGUUAUGAAGACCCAUGACAACCACUUCGCUUCGCGUCCCGAGUACCUUGCCACCAAAAUCAUCUUUUAUGAUAGCUCCGACAUCGCCUACUCUCCUUACGGUAAAUAUUGGUCGCAGCUAAAAAAGAUAUGCACAGUUGAACUACUCUGCGCAAAACGCGUCCAGUCUCUCAAUUUCAUAAGAAAGGAAGAAGGAGAUAGCCUUGUAGAUAAGAUCCGCAUGGCGAGGGGAUCGCCUGUCAACCUCACAGAGAUGUUUUUAUCUUUGACAAGGACGACCAUCUGUCGGGCGGUGUUCGGGAAGGACUGCGGUCAUCACAAAAAAUUUCUAAAUGUGUUGAGAGAUGCGUCCAAGCACAUGUCGGGAUUUGAUAUUGUAGAUUUUUUUCCGUCUUUGAUGUUCAUGAGCAAACUUACUGCUUCGAGGAGACGGCUGGAGAGAGUGCAUCAGGUUUUGGAUGAGAUUUUGAAUGAGAUAGUUGAGGAGCAUCAAGCUAAGAUCAUUAAGCGAGGUGACGUUGUUGAGGAUAUUGUUGAUGUUUUGUUCAGGCUUAAGAAUCAAGGGGAGUUGGAUAUUCCUCUCACCACGGAGAAUAUCAAAGCAGUGAUAUUGGAUUUAUUUUUACCUGGAACCGACACCACAACUGCUACAAUGGAAUGGGCCAUGUCCGAGCUCAUUAAACACCCCAAUAUCAUGAAAAAAGUUCAACUAGAGGUGAGAAAUGCCUUCAUAGGAAAAGAAAAUAUGGAUGAGAGAGACAUUAGCAAGCUUCCCUAUUUGAAUCAGGUGAUUAAGGAAACUCUUAGACUACAUCCUGUGGGACCUUUGUUAGUUCCUAGAAUUUGCCGUGACAAAAUCGUAUUAGAGGGCUACACAAUACCUUCUGGAAGUCGGAUUGUGAUCAAUGCAUGGGCUAUCAUGAGGGAUCCAAGAUGUUGGGUUGAUUCAGAGAUGUUCCGACCAGAGAGAUUUGAAGAUGCUACUUUUGAUUUUAAUGGGACCAAAUUUGAGUACAUUCCAUUUGGUGGAGGAAAGAGGAUUUGUCCAGGCGCAACAUUUGCAAUAGCUGGCAUAGAGUAUUGGCUUGCACAAUUACUCUUCCACUUCGAUUGGGAGCUCCCUGGAGGAAAGUGCCCCGACGAAUUAGAUAUGAAAGAGAUUUUUGGUCUUACAGUAAAUAGAAAAAAUGAUCUGCUCUUAGUUGCCACUCCAUAUAAAUAAUUUUCCAUUUGCUAGAGAAAAUAAUAUAUGGUGUUCUUCUAAAUAAAUAAUUGAUGUUGUAUCGUGUUCUUCUAAACGUGUCUGAAGACAUUUUAUGCAAAAUCGACGUUUUUGUUUUUUAUUUUGAAUAAAA